UUAUUUUCUCUCAAAGCAAAAAUGGGGUUGUUUAACAUGUCAUUGUUACUUAUGACUUGUCUCAUGGUAUUAGCCAUAUUUCACUCUUGUGAUGCUCAAAAUUCACCCCAAGACUAUCUUGAGGUUCACAACGACGCCCGUGCCCAAGUCGGAGUCGGGCCAAUGUCUUGGGAUGCCGACUUGGAAUCCCGAGCACAAAGCUAUGCCAACUCAAGAGCGGGUGAUUGUAACUUGAUUCAUUCUGGUUCAGGGGAGAAUCUUGCCAAGGGUGGUGGUGACUUCACGGGGAGGGCCGCUGUGGAAUUGUGGGUGUCGGAAAAGCCAAACUACAACUACGAUACGAAUGAAUGUGUUAGCGGAAAAAUGUGCGGACAUUAUACUCAAGUAGUCUGGCGUGACUCAGUUCGACUAGGUUGUGGUCGGGCUCUUUGCAACGACGGGUGGUGGUUUAUUUCUUGCAACUAUGAUCCUGUAGGCAAUUGGGUCGGACAACGUCCUUACUAAAAUGUUUUUUUUUUUGUAUGAUGUGUAAGGGAUCAAAUAAUUAUUAUUAUUUCCCUUUGAUGUUUGCUAGUAUGAAUAAUUCCACAUACCAUAUGUUCAUGGUAUAGUGGGCUUAAGUUGAUAAUAAAU